AGGAGCUUGAUGCCGUUGUUGGUGCGAGUCUGCCCGCCCUGUCCCACCGUUCUCAGCUAACCUAUGUGAAUGCCUGUCUGCUGGAGACCAUGAGGAUCCGCACUCUUCUUCAAUUGUAAUCGGUGAUGAUUGUCCACACAGGUGCAGCAGGAGCUUGAUGCCGUUGUUGGUGAGAGUCUGCCCGCCCUGUCCCACCGUUCCCAGCUAUCCUACGUGAAUACCUGCCUGCUGGAGGUCAUGCGGAUCCGCACACUUGUUCCUAUCGCAGCUCACGCCACCGCGGAGGACGUCAAAGUGCAGGGAUACGACAUUCCCAAGGGAACUCAGGUGCUGGUGAACCUGCAUUCCCUCCACAUGGACCCCGUCUACUGGCCUGACCCGGACCGGUUUGACCCCGAAAGGUUUCUGGACGCGGAAGGGAACGUUGUCAACAAGCCUCAGUCAUUCAUGCCUUUUGCAGGAGGCCGCCGUGUGUGUCCCGGUGAGCAGCUGGCCAGGAUGGAGCUUUUCCUGUUCUUCUCCACCCUGCUGCAGUCCUUCACCUUCAUAACGCCAGAGGGCGCUCCUGCUCCAAACACCGACGGCAUAUUUCGUCUGACGUUGAAGCCGCAUCCGUUCCAGCUCUGUGCAAUACGGCGUUAAUUUAUGCUGAAUUGUCAUGACAAGGAGUCAC